UCGUCCUCCUCUCCCUCUCCCUUCCUCCCUUCCUUCCGUCCUGCCUUCCUCUCGUCCUCCCUUCCUCCCGUCCUCCCGUCCUCCCUUCCUUCCGUCCUGCCUUCCUCCCGUCCUCCCUUCCUCCCGUCCUCCCUCCGUCCCGUCUUGUUCCCAUCCAUCCAAUCCUUAGCUCCUCCUCACCCCAUCUCCUCCCUUCCCUCGAACGAGCUCGCUCAUUCCCCUCCUGUCACCCACGCACGCACCCUCCCCUCGACCGACAAGUCGUUCUCCGCUUCCGUCGCAUAUGCGUUCAUUUCCCCUUCCCUCAUCUCCCCAUUCCUCAUCUCCCCCUCCCUCAUCUCCCCAUUCCUCAUCUCCCCAUUCCUCAUCUCCCCAUCCCUCAUCUCCCCAUCCCUCAUCUCCCCAUUCCUCAUCUCCCCAUCCCUCAUCUCCUCAUCCCUCAUCUCCCCAUCCUUCAUCUCCCCAUUCCGCCUCACCCCAUUCUGCCCCACCCCAUUCCGCCAUGCCAUCCUACUCCUCAUCCCCAUUCCCUCGUUUCCCCAUCCCUCCUUUCCCGAUCCCAUCAUUCCCUCAGCCAACUUUCCCAUCCCACCAUACGGUCAUACCCCAUCCCGCGACCUCCCCGUCACUUCCACCCGACCCCUCUCCUCCCUGCUUCUUCCCAUCUUCCCAUCUUCCGCCUCGCCAAAAGGUUUGUUCUUCACCACCCCAUCCAUCCCAUCCCCAAAUCCUGCCCCUAUCCCUCCUCUCGCGAUCCCUCCUCUCGUUUUCUCAUUCCCUCCUCUCGUUUUCUCAUUCCCUCCUCUCCCCGCCCCGUUCCUCCAUGUCUCCCAUCUGCCGUACCUCACCUCCAUCUGUUCCUCCCAUCCUCCAUCCUCGUUACCUCCCUGCCACCCUUUCUCCUCCCCACCCUCCUCCCCAGCCUUUCUUCCUCCCCUCCCUUCUGCUUCUCCCCCAAGCGUCCUCCCUGCCUCCCUUCCUCCCAUCAUCACUUCCUCCCUUCAUUCCUGCAUUCAUCACUUCUUCCCUUCCUCUGUUCCUCGCUCAUUUGCCAGUUGUCAUUCUUUUGAAUGCUUGCUUCCCUUAUAUUUCAGCCACGUCACAUCUGACUUCUUGGUUUGUGUUUGGACAGGCCUGCUCUGCAUCUGGUUGUGA